AUGGAUCCGGCUUCCAUUUGUGACGUCACUGGAAAACUUCGCAGCUUUUUUGCUGAACACCUCUCUCCAGAACAACUUACACAUGAUCUGUUCAAUCAUUUGAAAUCUGUGAGAGUAUUAGGAUUGCGUGGCUGUAAACUGCAGAAACUCCCGAAGGAGGUAGGAAAUUUGCAUCAUCUAAGAUACAUUGAUUUAAGUUAUAGCAAAGUAGAGGAGUUGCCCGAUGCAAUUUUCUUUUUGGAUAACUUGCAAACUCUAGAUCUUGAAGGAUGUGAAUGUCUUUCCAAACUAUCUGAAGGGAUUGGAAAUUUGCGUCACCUAAGGUACAUUGAUUUGAGUAAGAGCAAUAUAGAUGAAUUACCUGAUACAAUUUGCUCUUUGGAUAACUUGAGAACUCUAAAUCUUGGAGGAUGUAAGCGUAUAUCUAGACUACCCCAAGGGAUUGGAAAAUUGUGUCACGUAAGGUACAUUGAUUUAAGUAAGUGCAAUAUAAAUGAGUUACCUGAUACAAUUUGCACUUUGGAUGACUUGCAAGCCCUAAAUCUUAGAGGAUGUAAGCGGUUUUCUAGACUACCUCAAGGGAUUGGAAAUUUGCGUCAUCUAAGAUUUAUUGAUUUAAAUUGGAGCAAAGUAGAAGAAUUACCUAAUACAAUUGUCUUUUUGGAUAACUUGGAAAUUCUAAAUCUUGGAGGAUGUCAGCGUCUUUCUACACUACCGGAAGAGAUUGGAAAUUUGCGUCAUCUAAGAUACAUUGAUGAUGUCAGCGUCUUUUUAAACUACCUGAAGGAUUGA